AGAAGACGGAGCAGUGUGCCUGCAGCCAGCAGAGUGUGGAGGUCACACCGCCGCGGUGUGUGGACCCAGCAUGUCUCUCCUCUACCCCACUCUGCUGCUCUGUGUGUACGGGUUCUUCUCCAACCUGAGGCCGUCGGAACCGUUCCUCACGGCCUACCUGAUGGGCCCGGACAAGAACCUGACGGAGACCCAGGUUGUGAAUGAGAUCUUUCCCAUAUGGACGUACUCCUACCUGGCGUUGCUGUUCCCAAUCUUCCUGGCCACAGACUACCUCUGCUACAAACCUGUUCUGGUCCUGCAGGCCACCAGUUUAGUAGUGACAUACGCGAUGCUCCUGAAGGUGCAGGGCAUGCUCGCCAUGCAACUCCUGGAGUUCUUCUUCGGCUUAGCUACGGCGUCAGAGAUCGCCUACUACUCCUACAUCUACAGCGUGGUGGAGCCGUCGCACUACCAGAGAGUGACAGGCUACUGCCGCUCUGUGACUCUGUUCGGGUCAGCUGCAGGAUCCCUCACCGGUCAGCUGCUCCUCUCCGCCGCCAAAGUCCAGCUCCUUCACCUUGUCAUCAUCACUCUGGCGUCGGCCGCUGUGGCCUUCGUCGCUCCCUGGUUUCUUCCCAUGCCAAAGAGGAGCCUGUUCUUCCAUAAGAGUCCAGGAUCAGAGGAGGAGCGGACGAGGAGGAGCAGCGCCGCUCUGACGGAGAAGGCUGAAGACGAGGAGAGUAAAGUGCCUCUGAACGACCAGGACGAGUCCACGGUGAGUUACCAGACGUUCCCCUCAUCUGACCCGGGACCUCACAGGAAAGGUCUCGUGGACGUGCUGCGGUUGUUGUUCGAGGACUUCCUGAAGUGCUACAGCUGCCGCCCCCUGCUGGCCUGGUCCCUGUGGUGGGCUCUGGCCACCUGCGGAUACUUCCAGGUCAUCAACUACGCUCAGCCGCUGUGGGAGAAAGUCCGUCCGUCGCAGGAUUAUGAGAUCUACAACGGAUACGUGGAGACUCUGUCCACGCUGCUGGGGGCUCUGGCGGCUCUGCUGGUGGGUUACCUCCCCGUGUCCUGGUCCAUGUGGGGGGAGCUGGCUCUGUGCCUGCUCUCUCUGCUGAUGGCCGUGUGUGUGUUCAUCAUGGACAUGCUGAAAAACAUCUGGCUGUGUUACGGCUCGUACGUGGUCUUCAGAGCCACGUACAUGCUGCUCAUCACCGUGGCAACGUUUCAGAUCGCUGCCAGUCUCAACAUGCAGCGCUACGCAUUGGUGUUCGGAGUGAACACCUUCAUGGCUCUGCUGCUGCAGACGCUGCUCACGCUGGUCGUGGUGGACUCAGCCGGGCUCGGCCUCGACGUCUUCACCCAGUUCUUCAUCUACGGCGGAUACUUCACCCUCAUCUCUGUGAUCUUCCUCCUCGCCGGGUUCUGCAAACUGGCUUCCAGGAGGCGCUCUGAGGAGGAGGUCCUUGCUAACGGCUCGGCACAAACAGGGUCUGACUCUGCUCCAGUCAGUGACGCCAGCUCAUAGCACUUAGAUGUUUCUGUAUAAGCUGUUCAGGUAGUUAAGCUGCAGAGGUGAGUGAGCAAACGGUUCUCAAAGUCUCAGUAGAAAGUGGAACUUUAAUAAGUAGAGGCUGUGGUAGAGCUGCUUCUAACUCUUCAUCACAAACAUUUCCAGACGACUCAUUUCUCAGCGUUUCAAAUCAUGUAACCGCCUUUCCAGCUUAAUCGUAAAACCACAAACACGAUCUCAGUCCGUUGACGAAGCUGAAGGUCGAGGUAGCUCAGCUGGCAGCCAACGAAACCAAGCGGCACAGUCGCUGCUUUGUUCUGUGUUUUAUUGGGUUUAAUCUGUCUGUCGGUCUGUGUUUGUUUUAAAACAGAGGAGACUUCUGAGAGGGAUUUAACUCCAUGAAGAAACAAACACAUGAAUCCAACACUCUGAUAGAAUCAAGGUCACAAAUGAAAGAGAGCAGCUCAGCUCGCAGCCCCUCCACCACUAAGUGUUGGAAGAACACUUGUUUUAAAACUUGAAACAACUUUGUAUAAAACUGAAGAUACCACAAGUCUACAAGCAGCAGCUCAUCUCACAGCCCCUCUGAUUUUAAGGAUUCAGCUGCUUUAUUCAGCCUUUGUCCUGAUUAAAUGUCAAACUUCUUCCUUUAGUGUUUUAACCCCGUUAAUCCUCUGAGUCUCAAUGUGUUGGACGAGAGGAGACCUCUGUUUUAACACUCUGUUUUUAGUUUACAGCUGAUCCAUGCAGCAUUAAAAGCCCACGCUGCUGCUCACAAUCACAAUCGUACUACUGUACAGAAUUAAGUUUCUGUCCUUUGCCUUAGAACACUACAAGAUCACUUUAUUAGCAGCUUUCUCGUGUUGUUGUCACCAGCCAAAAAGAUAUGACUCUAUUUUUGUAUUUAUUGUUUCCUCCUGUUGUUGUGUGUUGUGUUGGUACUUGUGCCUGUCUUUUUGUAACCAACAUCAACGUAGAAGCUUGAAAUGUUGUCAUAUCACAUGGAGCUCAUGUCAGAGAUCAUCUCUGUGCAAGAUGCUCUUCACUCCUCGAUAAUCUGUGACUUGAAUUUUUAAAAAGUGCCUCAAAAGGUCAAAAAUACUCACUGCUAUGGAGACCCUGAAGGGACACGGAGAAGGGACUUUCUUUAGGAGACUUUUUGAGACCCCAAGAUCCUGAGAGGUUUUUCAAGAUCUCAACAAACUGUAGGGAGAUUAUCAAGGAACAUUUGCAAGACUCAAGAAAGACCCUAAUAAAUGUUUUCAAGAUCCCAACAAACCUAUCCAAGAAUUCCAAAAAACCUCUUGCAAGAUCCUGAGUAACAUUUCAAGAUCUUGAAGAACUUUUGCAAGAAUUCAGAAUUUUUUUGCAUGAACUAAAAUAUAUUUUUUGGGACCCUCAGAAACUUUCUCAAGAAUUCAAGACUUUGUCAAGAUCCCAACUGACCUAUGCAAGACUCCAAAAGCUCUUGCAAGACCCUUGAAAACUUUUUCAACUGGUAGGAAACCCCCCAGAAAUGUUGGAUGAAAUCUUGCAGAACUUUUGCAAGAACCUGAGAAUCCUAAGUCCAAAACUCUUGCAAGAAUCCCCCCCCUGCAAACUUUUUUCAGGCUCCAGAGAAACUUUUGAGAAGUUUGCAGAAACUCUCUCUAGACCCCAGGAAACUUUUUUAAAAACCCUGAAGAAAUUGAAGUGAUUGAAGGUCCUGAGAAACUUGUACCGGGUCUUCCAAAUGUUCUUCAUUCAGGUGAAAGCUUAGGUCAACGGGGAGCAGCGACCUGAUUUCAUCGGUCAGUCUUUGAGCUGGACCCUCUUACAUUUCUGAGGAUCCUGAGAAAGUUGCUCCAUGUCCGUUCAGGGUCCAAACACUGCUGCUUUCCCUCACAUCAUCCCUGAAGUGUGUCAGGGAUUUAAAGAGGCACUCAUCAUUGGUUCGGUUAUCAACAGAGACAGAACUUCACCAGAAACAAGUUUUAAUGCUUAGAAAUGAUGACCAAAUGAUUAUUUUCAUCCAUGAAUGUUUGCAAACACCUGCAGUGCAAAAAAGUCUUCCAAGAGAUGGGACUGAAUGUGUGUGUGACUGUGUGAGUGAGUGUGUGUGUGUGUGUUGAUUCCUGCGCUGGCCAAACGUCACACACUGUAAACACUAAUCAUGUUAGACGCACAGACGAGUUUUCACUUCUGAACACUUCAGCCUUUAAUGUUUUUAACCUCAUGAGCUUAGUCCUCAUCAUCGGCUCUGUAACUUUAGCUCUUACAAAUCAAACUGUAUUAGUCGUGCUGUACAAUCACAAAAACAGAGCACACACUGGUUGUGUUUGGGAGUUCUGAAAUGUGAGUAUUUUUAUUUGACAGAUUUCCGUUAAACUCUUUUGACUCUUUUUUUUUUAGACCUGAUCUGAUCUGAUGUGUGUGUGUGUUACCUGUGAGAGCUGUAAAGGUGUGAUGUUGGGAUGUUUUAUAAACACAUGACUGAGUAAAGGUUUCUGUUACUUUUGCA